AUGCCCUCUUACGUUGCGCUCGUGAUCGGCUCGACCGGCGCCGUGGGCCGCGACGUCGUGGCGGAGCUCGUGGCCUCUGCCAAGUGCUCCAAGGUCAUUGCUCUGGCGCGCCGCGAGGUGCCCGAGGCGGCCUGGAGCUCCACGUUCCCGUCGCUGGACGCGGAGGCGGCCAAGGGCAAGCUGGAGGUGCGGCGCGUGGACUUCGACAGCCUCUCGGACGCCGAUAUCUCAGCCAACGACAAGGUGGACGCCGCCUUCUCGUGCCUGGGAACGACGCGCAAGGACGCAGGCUCGGCCGAGGCCUUCCGAAAAGUUGAUCUCGAGUACGUGACGAAGUUUGCCGAGCUGUCCAAGGCUGCCGAAGUGCCGUACAUGGGGCUGCUGACGUCGCAGGGCGCCAACAAGAACAGCUGGUUCCUGUACCCGCAGACCAAGGGCGAGGUGGAGGACAAGGUGCAGCAACUUCAGUUCGCGCGCACCUCCAUCUUCCGCCCGGGCAUGCUGCAGCGCGGAGACCUGCUGCGAGGCAACGAGAAGAUGUUCGGCUGGAUGAUCCCGGGGUCGUACCAGAUCACGGUGAAGGCGGUGGCGAAGGGCAUAGUGGCGGACUACGAGAGUGGGGCGGAGGGACUCAAGGAGUGGAGCCACGCCGACCUGAAGAAGUUCGAGUAGGGUGGUGGCAGACUGCAUCGUUAGGGAAAAUUAGGACUAACCCCCAAGGUUUAUGAAGUUUAUUGGACGACGA